UCUGGGCAUGAACAGCAGCAGGAUAAAGGAAGGAAAGCAUGUCAAAUGAUUGAGAAAAGGAAAAGAAAGUGAGAGAAGGAGCGCGUUCACCGACUUGGACAAGCACUAUGGUUUUCCAACAAAGCCAUGCUUAUUACACAGCCCUUCCCAACAAGUAGAAUUAAUCUGUACGGAGGAAGUAAAACUGACCUUUGAUGAGCCAUGACCAAGACACUGUUACAGUCAGACAUGGGUAACUAUCUCCUCAGUGCCAUCAGCUGUCUCUGCCUUCUUCAUACUGGUGUCCGUGCUAAGGAAUGCUUCCAGGCUGUUCUGGGCAGAUCUGAAACCUUUCAUGUACCAGCAGGGGGAAGUCUGUCUCUGUCUUGUGUGGUCGAGCACUGUGGAGCCUCUUGGAAGGGACACUGGAUGUGGACAAAUUCAACGAUUGCUAGGUCCCAGCAUGUUAACGAAAGUGUGAGGCACCGUUUGAACAAUGUGACACUCUCACCCAAUAAAACUAAACAAAUUUUGGAGCUCCUGAGCAUCACCCAAUCAGACGCAGGUUCUUAUGCAUGCAGCGUUGUUUGGGCUGAAACAGGAGAAACUGAACAGGGGCAUUUGAUGCAUGUGAACAUCACUGCAGCUCUCCCCUCUCAGAGGAGUGUGUUGCACAGGGUUUUGGUCUGUGCCUGCGCUUCUCUUUGUCUUCCCAUCAUUCUGGUAUUGGCUCGUUUUCUGAGUUCAGAAGUCAAGCCUCAGCCACUUCCCAGAACGCUGUCCACACAUGCAGCUGCGUACGGAGACCAACCACACCCAGCUCCACAGCCCCCACCUCGGCGCCCAAUACCCCAGAAACGUAGCUCUUCCUCACACAAAGCCAAAUCUCCCCCCAAGACCCAGCAGAACAAAGAGGUGGUGUAUGCAGAAGUUUCCCAGGGUGCGCAGAGACAACAGGAACCCACCAGAGAGCCUGCCCAGUCCACUGUGUACUCGUCCCUCAGAUUUUCCUGAGGUCGAGGUGGAAAGUUGUCUGCCGGGGAUCAAUUCUGUAUUACUUUUUGUAAAAAGGUUCCGCAGGAUCCAUGACGUCUUAAAACACCAGACGUGGACUUACAGGACCUGGGGGUUUCUUUGAGGCAUUCAGAGAAAAAUUUCCCUACUGAUCUCAUUCCCAAGCUCAAGAUUUCCCCUGCGUAUUGUGGUAAAUCGUUAAAGCAGAGGACAAAAUAAGAUACAACAGGAUCCAGCAGAGUAAUGCUGGUCUAUCAGGUCUAAGGACUCUCCUGAGACUGUGACUGUUUUAAUUAUGAAGGAGAGACAAGUGCCAAAAAUCCAUUAAACGAACAUAGCAAAACAGACAGCAAGUGAAGCAGAUAAUGAGAAAAUAUUGCAGCAUGCAUCUAUCAGCUGUACCACCCUGAGGUGCUGCAGAGAAAAAAGACAUGGCUCUGUGCUCUAAUUUCACUCAUGUCAACGCUUCUAUUGUUUUGACUGCGGACAAGAGAAACAUUAAAUGCAGUUUAAAGGUAAAGCAGUUUCUAAAAUGUUAAACAAACUUUGUCUGUAAUGUCCGUCUGAUGUGUCAGAGUAAAUAAAAUAUUAAAAUAUGAAAACAGUAA